AUGAUCUCCAGGUUCUACCGAUACCUCUGGUACUGCAUCCGUCUCCUCGCCGCUUUCGUCUACCGCCCCAUCCCACUCCCCGAUAACCCAACAUACAUUGCUUCAGAGGAUGUCACUAUCAUCGUACCCACUAUCGACGCCGGAGAGGAAUUCAAAGAAGCCGCACACUCAUGGCUCGUUGGAAAGCCCAAGGAGAUCAUCAUCAUCACCGAGGAGAAGAUGCUCGGGCCUCUGCAGGAUCUCGCUAAUGCCGUCGACCCCGAACGUAUUCGUGUCCUGACCGUCCCUUUCGCGAACAAACGACUACAGAUGGCUCAUGGUAUUAAGAAUACGACGACAGAUAUCAUCUUCUUCGCUGACGACGACGCCAUUUGGCCGCCGACAUUGAUGCCAUAUACGUUAGCGUGUUUCGAGGAUCAGAAGGUGGGCGGUGUGGGUACGAGUCAGAGGGUGCAGCCUUGCGGUGAUCAUAUGACGGUUUGGGAGGUUCUCGCCGCCAUGCGUCUCAGUAUCCGAAACAUCGAGAUCGCAUCAUCGACACACAUCGAUGGCGGACUCCCUUGUCUCUCCGGACGUACCGCCGCCUAUCGCACUGUCAUUCUCAAGGACCCCGAGUUCUUGCACGGGUUCACGCACGACUAUUGGUUGGGAAAGUAUCACCUGAACAGUGGUGACGAUAAGUUUUUGACGAGGUGGAUGGUCAGUCAUGGGUGGAGCACGUAUGUGCAGGUUUGUAAGGAGGCGGAGCUGUUGAGUACGAUGAAGCCGAACUGGAGGUUUUUGAAGCAGGUGUUGAGGUGGACGAGGAACACGUGGAGGAGUGAUCUGAGGAGUUUAUUCAUGGAGAGGCAUAUUUGGACAAGCCAUCCUUAUGUGGCGUAUACUAUGGUCGACAAGCUUUUUAAUCCGUUCACUCUACUGGUAGGACCUUGUCUGGUCAGCUACGUCGUCUACAAGUCCACAAUUCCUGUGGAUCAGGGUGGCUUCCAUUUACCCUGGUGGAAUAUCAUCAUCUCCUACAUGGUUUGGCUGACGGCUACGCGUACGGCGAAGCUUCUCCCUCAUCUUUGGUAUCGUCCUCAAGAUGUCAUUCACGUACCGGCGUUCAUUGCGUUUGGAUAUUACUUCGCUGUGAUGAAGGUUUACGCGUUGCUUACGCUUCACGAAACUGGUUGGGGAACUCGUGCGGGUAUCGGCGACCCCACCGCCGCCACCGCUGCUGCCGACAACGACACGAAUGCGGCACACAACGCCCAAGACGAGAAGGCGCACGCGUCGCGGCAGGACAACAGAGGGCGUUAUAGUGAUCUGCCGUCACCGUUGGGACAGGUGCAUGAGAUGGCCCCGUUGAGUGGCAGCGGCGGACAGGGUGGCUAUGCGCGAUGA